AUGAUUACGAAACAUGACUUCACCUUCGACAAUCUAGCUCUCGCAAUCAGCGCAUUCCUCACCGCCCUCGACAUCGGCACCUACGCCCUGUAUAUCUUCGACUACGGUGCCCCAGUCGGCCUGCGCCUCGCUCUCAGCAAUCCAUCAUCCAUCAAAGCGAUAAUUUCUCAAAAUGGCAACGCGUACGUCGAAGGACUCGGCCAUCCAUUCUGGGACCCGAUCGAAGCGCUCUGGGCCGAGCCUUCGCCUCAGAACCACGAAAUCAUCCGCAACGCCGUCCUGACCCUCGAAGCCACAGUGUACCAAUACACGUCCGGCGUCCCAUCUGAUGACUUGCCACUCACCCCAGCCGAUCAAGAUCGCCAACUAGCUCUGUUUUAUGACUACCGUAACAACGUAGCAAUGUAUCCUGCAUUCCAAGCUUAUUUCCGCGAAUCACAGGUACCGCUGCUGGCCGUAUGGGGCAAGAACGACCCUGCAUUCGUGCCAGCGGGUGCGGAGGCUUUCAAGAGGGACUUGCCGAGGGCAGAGGUGAAAUUUGUGGAUACGGGACAUUUUGCGCUCGAGACGAGGUUGGAGGAUAUUGCUGAGGACACAUUGCAGUUUCUCAAGAGAAUUGGAUAUUGA